UCCAGACGUUGUCCACCUCCAGUGCCAGGCAAUGCCAACUGGCCUGCACUCUCCAUGCCACCUGCCAGUUCUUCUCUUACCUGGAGCCGCAACCCACAGAGGACAAAACAAGUAGCUGCACUCUAAUGACCAGAGACUCCACCCAGCACUUUUCUGCUAUCGCCUCUCUACAAACAUCAGGGUUCUCCUUAAGGAACUUUUCUGGUACAGUCAUCUCUCCCAAUAGGACCUACACCCUGGUGCAGGAGUCUGUUAGCUGGGAGGAAGCUCAGCGUCACUGCAGUCUGAUCCACUCUGACCUCGCCGUCAUCCAGUCCAGAGAGCAGCUGCAGAACACCCUACAGGCACUGGGGGGCGCCACAGAGAGACCAUGGAUCGGACUUCACCGAGAGGACCCAAGCAAAGCCUGGAGAUGGGUGGACAUGUUUUAUAACUGGAUUAGUGAAGCACAUGGUGAAACAUAUGGGUGUGUCUUCUACUAUUCAGGAAAGUGGCACACAACAAAAACAGAAUGUGAUACAAAACAUUCCUCCAUGUGCCAGUAUGUGUACAGUGACUCUGGGAGGAGUGUGAAGGUGUUCCAGUACGUGGAGAAGAGGAUGAUCUUGGCUGAUGCUGAAGAGACGUGCAGGGAGACGGGGGGAGAUCUGGCCAGCAUCCUGAACCAGGAGGAGCAGACGGCCUUCACUGCAGUGGCAGAGGCUGCGGGGGCGGGGCAAGGAAGAAGCAUCUGGAUUGGCCUGAGGAGGAGUGACCGCACACACCCGUGGGUGUGGUCUAGUGUGGACCUCCCCAUGAGCUCAGCUGGAGACGCGACACAGAACUCAAAUGGAAAUGGUCAGAAAAACUGCGCUGUGCUGCAGAAGAAUGCUGUACAUGGGAACUGGAAACCUGAGAAAUGUACAGACAAACACACACACUUCCUCUGCUCCCGGGAAAAUAGGACUGCGGGAUAA